GUCACGGCACGCCACAAUUCAGGCCGCCCUCUCUAGUCUCUCACCGUCCACAUCCCGAAACGCAAGCACGGCUGCCGCGCUGCUCCGAUACCACCGCACUAUUUCCAAGCCGAGAAGAAGAGGAGCGGAGCGCCAGCAGGAGAUGGGUUCUUGCGCUUCGGUUCACAAGGACCUUGGGUUCCCGUCGUCGCCGCCGCUCAAGGAGAAGGCCAUGAACGGGAAGGGUGGCGGCGGCGCGGUCGGCGACGUCCUCGUUGACCUCAAGCGCAAGAUUGAGGGGCAGGCAGGGUUCGGCGGCUCCAAGAGCCCUGAUUCGGGUAGCAAGGAUGAAUUUUUUUUCGAGUCUCAAGCAUGGUUAGAUUCUGACUGCGAGGAUGACUUUGUCAGUGUAAAUGGAGAUUUCACUCCAUCCCGUGGCAGCACCCCUAACUAUCAACCCAGAACGCAGACUGUGAUGAGCAACGUCUUUCUACCUGACAACAUACAUAACCCUAAAUCAUCUGAACCUUCUCCAACUGGUCGAAGGAAACUAGCCGACCUCCUGCAAGAGGCAUCGCAAAACGGGCCUGGGGAGAACACUGAUACCACCACCAGAGAACCAGGUAGCAGCAACAAUGGGCAGCAGCAGCCACAAUCUGUUGCUGGGGCUGGGAAGCCAGUGUCCGAGUCCAGCUCCGGUUGCAGCAUGGAACCAACACCGAUCAGGGAAGUGAAGAGCCGGAAAGAGAGGGCAUGGUACACCGGACGCUGCUGCCUGCCAACCUUUGUCCAUAGCCUAACUUUAGAGGACGAGAGGAGGCAGAAGGCGAGCCCUGGGCCUUGCGCUGUUUGACGCCACCGCUGCUGCCUCCGGUGUGCCAUUCUCCGAGCUGUAUCUACUACGGUACCACCUGAUCCAGACCUGAAUCAAGUUACUGUAAAAAGAAGGCAAGUGCUGAGAGUACUAUAUCCUUGUAAUAAUCAAGUGAAUAGUCACUCCGGGAGUUCAUGUGCUGUAUCUGGAAUCUUAGCUCGAGAAAAUGCUUCGGUUUGUGCAUCAUCCUAUUUGUCUCUGAAUCUCUGAUCUCCAUGGAUAUGUUUUUCAGCUGCCAGCAAUUGGUCAGAAAUUGCAUGUGGCAUGUGUGGGAACUGAUUACCUACCUACCAUGCCAUGUUCUUCAGGAUUUCAAAAUGUGAUCGAUUGAUUGAUUGGUGAACCUUUUA